AGUUGUUUUUUGUUUGUGUUAAUCGCCGGCAGGACACUGAAGUGCCUGGGUUGGGCUGUUCGGACAAUUUCUAGCAUGUAUUUAAGGAGUGUGUGAGACGCUCCUUUUUGCUCGACAACGGUAAACAUUUUUUAAUGCAGUUGAUUUUUUAAAACCGGCAAAAAUGUCGCGAUUUUCGGUCGCUCUUCUGUUGCUGAGCCUUGCCAUACUUAUUGACCAAAAUGCCGGGAAGAUGGAACUGAUCGAUGACAUGACUCUGGACUGCAAACCGCCCGCGAAAUUCGCCGGGAACGACGACCAGGCCAAAUGCUUCGGCCGCUGCAAGGAGCGCGACUGUCUGGCGGCCAUCUACAACUACGCCGGUCCGCCUAACCGUCCCACCUGCGCCAUCAUCCCCAAAGGCGCCAACUGCCUCCCGGGUGCCAAUGGUCCCUACAAACUGCAGCUGAACGUGCCCGACCGCGACUACAGCUACCGCACCAGCCACUCCCUCGUCACGACGAAGGAGAAGAAGCUAUACUCCGCGCCGAGCAUACCGGGCGGCUGUUCGACGUUCUGCUCGGUGGUCAAAGGCUGCAACGCCGUCCGCUCCAGCCCCAUGACGUGUCAGCUGCUGCAGUUGACCGGCAAGCAGACCGCCAUGCGGAGCGGGACCGGUAAAGGACCGUUGUGCCAUAAUAACGAGUGGGUCUACUACGUCGAUAAAAGCCUGGCGCCGACGGAAAAAGGCUGCGAGAUCAAGACAAAUUAAGACUACGUGCUACACUAUUAUGCCAUAAUUGGAAAUUACGUUUGGCAUGGUGUCGCAUGGUUAACGCUUUCGCUACGUGGUUAUGCCUUAUAAGCAAUAAGCAGUCAGCUGCAUCGAGCUUCUACGGCGCCCGGCUACGUGAACAGCGCUAUCUGACUUUGCUUGUUAAACAUUUUUUAUUCAAACCGGUUAAGCGAAUGAAAGCAGUUCAUAGUACAAAGCGAUAACACUGUCUCGGUAUCGGUUAACAAAUGUGCAAGCAAUCAGCAACCUUUGACGUUUCA